AAAGAACAGACGAAAGCAUGCGCUUGAGCGCGAACACGACAGUCCUGGGAUGCGAUAGCGGAUGCUACAUCGUGGGUAUCCGAGCAGCUGGCUUUAGGCCGCGCUUGGACAGAGCCAACGACUGCUCAGGAGAUUGGGAGCUGAUCCUUUCUUGCACAUGACAAGGCUUGUCGUGUCGAGCGCUCCGCGAAAGAAGGAAAAGCUGGAUGGUGAGCUGAGGAGGGGAAUACAAAGGCCGUCAAAUUGUCCGAUAUCGUUUGGGGUUGGACGCUAUUCAUCGUGUCUUCCUCGCCUGGCUCAAACUGUUACUUGAGGCGGAUGGUUCAGCGUCAUCUCGGCGUGCACUGACGGAGCUAUGCGGACCCGGGCAUGCUACGAACAACGCACGGUGUUUGGAGCGCAACUCUUAGCUGUCGUCGUAGUCUGGGCUGGCACCAUAGGUGUUCUGGUGCCGAUCAGCCAUGGCGAGGGUCACUGCGACUCCUGGGAAUCCCCGGCCAUUGCCAACGUGCCGGGGCGCUCUCAGAUACGCUUUCUGCUGCGCGAGGCUGUCGGCCUGAAUUCGCCGGAGGUCUUGGAUAACUGCUCAACACGCGUGCCAGUGGUUGACUUGAUACCCAAUACUGGAGACAUCUAUCUGCUUACGAAAAGAUCCUCAUCUGUGUGCACGAAGCUGAAUCUCACAAUAAGCUUUACCAACAUAGCCAGGCUACAGAAGAAGCUGAUUCAUGCCAAUUGCAAUAACUAUACUGAGCAGGAUGGAAUCAACUGCAGCUUUGCAUUCCAAGCCGCCACUCACGGCGAGAUUCUGACGUGCAUUAACGAGACUACUGACUACAUUAAUGCAAGCCGACUUCCUUGCGGACAGGGCUACUACCAGAAUACGGCUGGCCACUGCACGGCCUGCAAUGUGGCUAACUGUGAGGAGUGCGAGAACGGUACAGCCAGCGCCAAGUGCAAGACAUGCUUCACAACCAGCGUCACUUCUGGUCGGCGCGUGUAUGCAUCCCCGAACGGUACAUGUGUCACUCACGACAAGUGCGGGAAUAGAAUGUUUGGCAAUAGCUCAUCGAGAACAUGCUCAGUGUGCAAACCGAGCAGUUGCACAAAGUGUUCCGAAGGUGACGGUCAAUUCUGUUUCAGCUGCGACAAGAGCUCAGUGUCCAACUACACCUGCAGCCAAAGCUGCAGUGAUGGCUUGGUGAAGAGUGCUGCGAAUAGCGUCACUGGGCAACUCUGCAUACUGCCCACACUGUGCCCGCUGGGAUACCACAACCAGACAGGCAUGUGCGCCCGCUGCAGCGAGCCGAAUUGCCUGGCGUGCCCGCAAGAUGUGUGCGAGAGCUGCGCGCAGCCGUUCUAUCUGCUCCGCGAGGGCAGCGGUCGCUGCGUCGCUCGAUGUGAUGGCGAUGAGAUCUGGCGCUCGCCGCCCGCCGACCUACUGUUGUCUAAUGCCACCAGCGGCUUUGUUCUGUCCUACUCCAAGAAUGAAUGGUCACCGACUUGCAUGCCAAGGUUCAACAACACUAUGGCGAACACACUCUGCGACCGCAUGCAGCUGGGUACCUUGGUCAACUGGCGCCAGGAGCACGCAGACCGCUGUGUAUCUUCAAUCAGUCCGAUUCUCUGCAGCACUACCGGUGCCUGUGCUGCCGACGGCAUUGGCGGCAGCAGCAGUCGACUCUGGCUUCACUGCUCAGGGCCUCCUCGCUCCUGGGAGUGUGCCAACCUGACGUUGUACGCCAAUCGCGCCGGAAUCUAUUCCGAGGAGUUGCUGAACGAGAUAGUUUCAGUUCGGUUUGUCGCCAUGGAGCAUAAGAACGUCUGGGUGACUUCAGCUCCCUACACAACAGUCUGUCAAGCUCUAGGCAACGAAACACUGCUGGAAAUCGAGCUAGUCGGUGGCGACUGGCGUCCAUCUCGCCUCGUUUCCCAGCAGCUGUCCCUCAAGGAGCGGAGAAUAGAGAUGGCAGCUGACAAUGGUUUCGACGACAUUCCCGAUGAGAUGACGCUGGGUUGCAGUUCCGCUGUCGAGAGCACAGAUGGUGAUAAUCUAACAGUUAGCCUCAUCAGCUAUCCGCGACCCAAUCUAGAGCUCGACGAUCGGAACCCGAAUGCUCCAGUGGAGCACUUCGUGACCAACUACCCACUUCUGUUCAACAUCCCGUGUUCCAAAGGAGGAGGAAACGGAACGUCAAGCACCUGGUAUGACGGUACUGGUGCGGAAGUGAACAAGGCCACUCUGGAGGUUACUGCUAAAUCGACAGCGCGAACCUUCUACUGCCAGGCAAGCAACAGUUUUGGCCAUGCCGAAUCUCGCCUACUGACGAUCUCAAGGAUAGGUCAGGACGUCGGAGACGAGGUGUUUGAUGUCGACUACGGGUACGUGUUUGAUAAGGAGUCGUGCAACAUGACUGUCAACUGGGUGAAUCUCCCUUCCACAUUCCGAUGUCGCACCGGUACCAACGAAUCUGAAGAAAUCUACACCAAAGGAUCGAAGCGGCUCUUCUACGGCACAAAUUGCAGCUGCACCGGAAGCAACGCAUUCGUCAGUGGAACACGCAAUGUUAAAUUCACCGUUCCGCAGCUAGUCGAACCCAACGUAACCGCAACCUCAAACUCGACGUUGACGGUGAUUGAGGAUGAUGACGUGACGCUCCAGCUCACGGCCAGGGGCCAGCCAGAGCCAAGUGUUACCUGGUGGUUCUACCGCUCCUACGUCGACUUUGAUUGCAAGCAAGAGAACUCUACCAACUUCACAAACGUUCUGGACGACGACCAAUUCGCAUUCAAUCAGACAUUCCGUGCGAGAGACAGCGGCCGCACCAAGGUCUAUACGGUCGAGAUGGAGGCCAGAGCGACGGCGACGUCGAAAGUCAGCGGAUUCUACGUGCCAGUUGCCAAGAACGACCUGGGAAACUGCACUGCGGGGAACACGACGGCGGUGUAUGUAAAGUACCGUCCCGAUGUCGACAUUACGAACCCUGGCGGCUUUUCUCAAGGGCUGGCAGCUAUGUUUGAGUGCACGGCUACAUCAUACCCUGCUGUUACGUAUUUCAGUUGGUCAGUGAACGGCGAAGAAGUCAAUAUGACCAACCCGGAUAAUGACGAGUCGGCCAACUGCUCCGCUCAGCAAGAUUUGACGCAGAACACCACCGCGGCGCAAUUCUGCUUCUACAAUGUUACUGACCCGUCCGAGUACGACAAUGCCGAUGACGUGGAGUUCCACAAAACGAGCAAAUCCCGUCUCGUCAUGCGAUGGGUCAGUGCGAACGAGGUCGGGUCUGUCGAGUGCUACGCCAGCAACGAAGUGGGGAAUAACUCCAACAACUACCUGACCUCAUUGCCACGGAAGAAGACCGACAACAGCUUGAUCAUCGGUCUGUCAGUGUCCAUGACCAUUGUUUUUAUUCUACUGGUUGUUGGUGCUGUCCUGGUGCUGAGGAAACGGGACCAGAUAUGCGAGGACUCUGAGAUACUGGCCAACAUUGGUGACUGGAAGAAACGCUCUGGUCGUGCGCUGACCAGUAUCGUGAACAGCAUUCAGAAACCGAACACGAAGGGGGACAAACGGCAGCGGAAAUCUGACGCCAAGGAAGAACCAGCGGCAGUGGCAAAUGAGCAGGCGAUUGCCGCGGAUACCAAUAAUGAAGACUAUGAAUGCCCGGAUGCCAUGGGCAUACAGAACACGCCUGCGGACCAAAGCCUUGUCCUGAAGCAUGCUGGUGCGGAGGAGAGAAACACCAUUGACCGAUACAGCAAGGAUCCAGGCAGAAAAGCAGCGGACACCGACCGCAAGCCAGAAGCUCACGCCCAACCACCACAGGUGCCAGUCGUGGAUGACUACCUUCCUCCGACUGAUGAUGAGCUCAAACUAAUGAGCGCGCCACCCAACGGGACUCAGCCACUUUCGGAGCCGAGCGUGAAAAUCCCCCCACCUCCACCCGAGUUUCCUCCGACUGAUGAUGAGUUAUACGAAGAAGCGCCGACCCUGGAAGCGGACCCGCCAGAAACGGCAGACAACCAGGACGUUGAGUCUGUGGAGGAAGAGGGUGAUGACAUAUACGAAGAUCUGCCCGGGCAGGAUGACAGCACUCCGCUGGAUGCGCACUCCAAUCAUUCCGAUCCCAGCAGGGCCAGCAAGGACGCUGCGGCAGCGAAACGACCAGGGUUCCUGAAGAACCUCUGGCAGAAGAAGACCAAAAAGCAACAGCAAAAGAAGGAUCCUGGACCGCCGUCAGUACCGCCGCUCGCAGGAGUACAGCACACUGAACCAGAAGCUGAGGAUGAAGAGACAGGCGAAGGUUUGUAUGACGACAUUGAGACUAUCAAGCAGCAAAUGACAUCCUCGUCGCCGGCACCUGAGGAAGAUGCUGAGGAAGGCGGUGAUUUGUUGUACGAAUGCCUUCCAGAGGACCAGCAACCGGCGGCCGGUGGUGCAGAGGAGAUAGCAGAGGAGGACGAAGACGAGAACAUGUACGAAGAUCCGGGACUCAUGGCCACCGCCGUCACAGUCACCAGCCAGCCUGGCUCCAGCAGCGGCGCAGCAGAGCGACGUUCUCUACCGGUACCCCCACCAGCAGCGGGACCAGGUCAGCGAUCGCCGUCGCCAGGACCCCAGCAGGUACAGCUGCCUCCGCCGCCGCUGGGCAACCCCGGCCCGCAACUCCCGCCACCCAACAACAGUCCCAGCAUGCCUCCCAGGAACACCGGCAGUCCGCUUGCCGGACAGGAGAAAGCAGCACCGCGCCAGUCGUACACGCACACAGAAAUCCGCAUCCAGCCCGGCAAGAAAACCGAGAAAGCAGCAACGCAAACACCUAUCGCUGCGAAAUCCUACGAGUUUACGGGAAUACGCAAGCCGCCGCCAAAAGGCUCAGCAGCUGACACAUUGGCCACUGCCAGUUCCAAAGAAAGGCCCGGCAAAGCAGCAACGUUGGACCGACCACCAGCCCUGACGACACCUAUAGCCAAAAACAAGUCAGGCUCGUUGCCUCCAGGCACAAAAGCAACAGGAAAAGCUACAGUACUCCAGCCGCCACCACCACCGCCAGCCAUCGCGCCGGAGGAAGACGAAGAGAUAGAUGACAUCUAUGAAGGCGGUGAGGACUACAUUGACAUGGCACUGGAGACUUGUGGUGCUAGCGCUGGAUACCCACCUGCUGCCGCCGCUACAAUGGGGCAAGACGGAGAUGAUGCGAGCGCCGAGGACUAUCAGCUGAUGGAUGCAGGCGCUGCAGUGCCGGAAGAGGAAGCCGGCGAAGAGCUGUACACGGCAAUGGAUGCGGACGAACAAGAAAUGUACCUGGAGAUGGACACGCAAGGCCAGAAUGCACCGUCCCCUGCUUCAGACGAGCUCUAUUUAGACAUGGAGACCAACCAGCCACCAGGUGCAGAUGAUGCUUCGGAAGAGCUCUACUUGGACAUGGAGGCGAACAAGGAGGAAGAUGGCGCUGGAAGCGGUGAGCUCUACAUGGCCAUGGAAGCUGACGAAGCGCCACCUCCACAGGCAGUGACAGCAGCCACUCUUGCACCAAAGCCUUCAGUACCAGUCCAGAGAAGCCCGAGUGCAGCUAAGCCUUCAGCCAUAGUCCAGAGAAACCCGAGCGCACCGAAGCCUUCGGCCGUAGUCCAGAGAAACCCGAGUGCAGCUAAGUACGGUGGUGCGCGCGCACCAUUACAGCCACCCCAAGCUGCAAACCAGCCACCUGUGACGCCAAUGAGCGCAGCUACGAAAUCCAGCCGUCCGCCUCCGUUAAGUCAGCAGGCGCUACCCGUCGGCCCGGCCAGGUUGAAUAAAAAAUCGCAGCCAAGCGCUGCAGCUGGACAGAAGCCGCUGCCAGCUGUCGGUGCAAAACCAGAGCCAGCUGCUCCCACGCCAGUGCCGAGUCGAGACGGAAAGAAGGCCGUGGACAACGCCCGCUGGCAGGGAAAGCGCAAGGAUAACGAGGCGGCCGUGGCGCGCGCACCAUCGCCCGGUGGGGUCGGCCACUCGCCAUCUAUGCAGCGCGGUAGCGUGGCUGCUCAGCCAUCGCCACCGCCACCGGGCCGAGCUGCGCGCCCAGAGAAGUCGGCGGAUGCUGCACCCAAGAGGGCCAAGAAAUGGCCACCGAACUAGCAACAGUUACUGUGCUACUAGAUCUGCUUGCUGCAGAUAGCAAGACUUCCACAAUAAUGCUGUACAUGUAUAAAUCGCUGCGUAUUUUCCCUAUGGAUUUGUCACUGAUGCAUACUGAGAGGGAUUCAAUCUGGCUGAGCGGAAUGGCUGCGGCAGACCCGUUGCCAAUCCUUUUGUGCAGGCAGUGUUUGUUCUGGCUCGCAGAAAUACAUUUCCAUUUUUCGAAGACAAGACAGCAGCAUCAUGGCGGCUGAUAUUCAAGCAUGGCACAGCCACACUCCAAAAUCAAAUAUCUCUAUUUCAGCACAGAGCACGACUUCUGCACGACUUCUAGUGAAUGUAGUAUCUCAUGCGUUUAUCAAGAAUCUACUGUCCUGGUUGUAGCCAACAAUGGCACUUCGCCAUGGAGAGCAAGCUGCUCCAUGCAUGAAGCUAAACUUAGUGCCCGGAAAGCAACGUAAUUAUUUCGUUGAAUCAACACCCACCAACCGUCACGAGACUAUGCUUUUUUUAUUGGCCGAGUCCCACUGAACAUGUCCCAAGUCACCUGAUGAUUACAUGUACAUUGUGCAAGCUGUUCCAUGCAUGAAGCUAAACUUAGUACCCGGAAAGGAAACUAAUUAUUUCAUUGACAUGCCCCUUCUCCAAGCUAGCCAAUGGCAGCGAGGUGCCCCCACCCCCCGCCGGUCUCCCUCGUGCAUGCUCAUAUAAAAUUAAUGUUCUCUCAUGAGAUACUCCAUUUUGAAGCAAUAUCCUUUUUCAAAUUGCAUUUCAGUAUACGGUAGCCAGAUUUCAAUAGUUUACGGCCUGAACACUUUCCGCCUCAGAUUCACAAAAUUUUUCUUUGUUUAGAUCUGGCAUCAGGCUGCUCCUGGACCUCAAGUCAUAGCAAUACCAUGGCAACGCCAUGGCAAUACCAUGGCAACACUUUACAUGCUGUCAUACCGUCUCGUACAUAAAAAAAUUCAUUUAUUCAAGUACAUGUGUGUAGAUAGCAUUGAAGGUGGUUUCCCACGUCGGUUAUUGUA